CCCACAACGUCCUGUGCGUGUCUUUCCCGCGAACAAGAUGCGCGCGCAGUGAAGCUGAGUGGCAGGCUGCUCUGUGAUGCUAGGAGGCUAAAACAGAGAGAUCAACUUUAAACACUUCAACAGACUUUAACUCACAAACAUGGCGAAGCAGAGCAACCUCUUCAACUUCUUCACCAAGUCCCCUCCUCCGGUCCCCAAGCCCAAACCCAGUCCCUCUCCGACCGAGGCGGACCUGCCCUCCAAGUCCAACUCCUCUCCGAAAGAGCAAGCCAAGCAGACCCCGAACCAGCAGCCUGCCAAGGGGCCGAAGACUGGCUCCAAGGCUGCUAAAGGAGGAUUCAACAAACUGUUUGGAGAUAAAACUCCAGCACCCAAAGAAAGCAGCUCCACAUGCUCUUUAAAUGCUGGAGCUCUGGUGUGGACCAAACUGGAGGGACACCCCUGGUGGCCGUGCAUGGUGGUGCCUCAGCCUCUGACCGGUCUGCAGAUGAAGGGAAGGGGGCGGGACCAGCGCAUACACGUUCACUUCUUUGAUGAACCCCCGACCAGAGGAUGGGUCAGCACCAAAUACGUCAGAGAGUACAAAGGCUCUGACAGCAGCGAGGCGAAAACAGGAGGAGUGUUCUUCAGCGGUAAACCGGUGAUCCGUCGGGCGAUGGAGCUGGCUGACAGAGCUCGGUCUGACGGUCCUGAGGAGAGGCUGAAGAUGCCUCUCUGUGUGGAUCCAUCUGAUGAUGAAGAGGAGGAUGAGGAUGAAGACAUGGAGCUGGAUAAAUCCACGUUGUCCGAUGAAGACAUCAGUGAUGAUGAUGAGUACAAAAACGAAGACAAGAAGUCCCCGAAGGUCAGCCGACGUUCGUCCAGAGCUUCAAAAGAAAAAGGAAACAAGGCCAAACGUCGGCGCAUCAUCGCGCCCUCAGACAGCGACGGGUCAGAAGAGGAAUUCAAACCGGAUCAGGCGGCGUCCAGCAGCGAGGAGGAGGAGGAGGAGGAAGGUACUGUGAGCAGCGCCGAGGAAGGAGAGGAGAGCAACGAGGCGUCAGAAGCAGAUAGUCCCGUGAAGCCGGCUGCAAAACGUAAACGUCCUUCAGGAAAGACCGCCCCCAUCAAAGCGAAGACGCCUUCCACGCCGGCUCACACGCCAAAACGAGUUCCUGCAGCCGUCGCCGCUGACACCAAAUCUCGCCUCUCUGCGUUCUCUGCUCCUGAGAACUUCGAGAGUCAGACUAACGGAUCAGGGGGCGCCGGAGGGACCACGACCUGGGACCACGAGAAGCUGGAGUGGUUGCACGAUGGGAGAAGGAAAGAUGGCGGACGGCGUCGACAGUCAGAGGAGGACUACGACCCGGGCAGCCUGUACGUGCCUGAAGACUUCCUGAACAGGAACACGCCCGGGAUGCGGCGCUGGUGGCAGCUCAAGUCCACGAUGUACGACACCGUCAUCUUCUACAAAGUGGGCAAGUUCUACGAGCUGUACCACAUGGACGCCGUGGUCGGGGUCCACGAGCUGGGCCUCACCUUCAUGAGGGGGACCUGGGCGCACUCCGGGUUCCCAGAGAUCGGCUUCGGGCGUUUCUCAGACGUGCUGGUCCAGAAAGGCUACAAGGUGGCUCGCGUGGAGCAGACGGAGACCCCCGACAUGAUGGAGGCCCGCUGUAAGACCAUGUCCCGGCCCACCAAGUUCGACAAGGUGGUGAGAAGAGAGGUGUGCCGGAUCAUCACGAGGGGGACCCAGACGUACAGCGUGCUGGACGGGGCGCCGUCUGAGAGUCAGAGUAAGUUCCUCCUGAGUCUGAAGGAGAAGGCGGAGGAGGAGAGCUCGGGUCGGUGCCGGACCUACGGAGUCUGCUUUGUGGACACGUCUGUGGGGUUCUUCCAUGUGGGGCAGUUCUCAGACGACCGUCACUGCUCUCGUCUGCGUACCCUGAUCGCUCACUACGCCCCCGCUGAGGUCCUCUUUGAGAAGGGGAACCCGUCUGUGGAGACCCGCAAGAUCCUCAAAGCGUCCCUGUCCUCGGCGCUCCAGGAAGGACUGACCGCAGGGUCCCAGUUCUGGGACGCACAGAAGACUCUGAAAACCUUCUCAGAGGAGGACUACUUCAGCGAUCAGGGGAAGGGGUCCCGCUUCAUUCCUGCUCUCCUGAAGAAGAUGACCUCUGACAGCGACUCUCUGGGUCUCACUCCUAAAGAGGGCUACGAGCUGGCCCUGUCGGCUCUGGGGGGGUGCGUCUUCUACCUGAAGAAGUGUCUGGUGGACCAGGAGCUGCUCUCCAUGGCGAACUUUGAAGAGUACGUCCCUGUGGAUGUGGAGAUGGAGAGAGCUGCAGGACCUGCAGGGUUCUUCGCUCAGACCCGGCAGAGGAUGGUCCUGGAUGGGGUGACCCUGGCCAACCUGGAGAUCUUUCAGAACGGCUCAGGAGGAUCAGAAGGGACUCUGCUGGAGAGACUGGACUCCUGCUGUACCCCGUUUGGUAAGAGGCUUUUGAAGCAGUGGAUCUGUGCUCCCCUGUGUAACCCCACAUCCAUAAAGGACCGGCUGGACGCCGUGGAGGACCUGAUGGAGGCUCCCGCUCAGGCCACAGAGGUAUCAGACCUGCUGAAGAAGCUCCCAGACUUGGAGCGUCUCCUCAGUAAAAUCCACAGCAUCGGCACCCUGAAGGACCAGGACCACCCCGACAGCAGGGCCGUCCUCUACGAGGAGGUCACCUACAGCAAACGCAAGAUCGCAGACUUCCUGUCCGCCCUGGAAGGAUUCCAGACCAUGCAGGAGGUCAUCUCAGUCCUCGCUCCGGUCGCAGGAGAGUCCCGCUCCGGUCUGCUCCGCCAAGUGUUGACUCUGAAAACUGAAAAAGAAGGCCUCUUCCCGGACCUCUCUGCUGAACUCCGGCGCUGGGAGACCGCCUUCGACCACAAGAAGGCUCGCACCACGGGGGUCAUCACCCCCAAGACCGGCUUCGACCCGGAGUUCGACCAAGCCCUGACCUCCAUCACGAGCUGCGAGCGCGAGCUGCAGGACUACCUGGACCGACAGAAGAAGAGGCUGGGCUGCAAGAACAUGUCCUACUGGGGGUCGGGGAGGAACCGCUACCAGAUGGAGGUGCCGGACUCGGUCUCUGAGAGGAGCAUCCCCGAGGAGUACGACGUGAAGUCCACAAAGAAAGGCUGGAAGCGGUACGUUACCAAGGAGACGGAGAGGAUGUUCUCUGAGCUGCAGGGCUUCGAGGAGAAGAGGGACGCGGCUCUGAAGGACUGCAUGAGGAGACUCUUCUACAACUUCGACAAGAACUACAAAGACUGGAAGACCGGCGUGGAGUGCAUGGCGGUCCUCGACGUCCUCCUCGCUCUGUCCCGCUACAGUCAGGGCGGCGACGGGCCGAUGACCAGACCUCAGGUGAUUCUCCCUGAGAGUGAUGAUGAGGUGGCGCCCUUCCUCGACCUCACCGGAUCUCGCCAUCCUUGCGUCACGAAGACCUUCUUUGGAGACGACUUCAUUCCUAACGACAUCUUCAUCGGCUGCCCGGGAAGCAGCGAGGGCGCCGAGGUGACCGGCCACGCCUCCUGCGUCCUCGUCACAGGGCCGAACAUGGGCGGGAAGUCCACCCUCAUGAGACAGUGUGGACUGGUGAUCAUCCUGGCUCAGCUGGGCUGCUACGUUCCUGCUGAGAGUCUCCGCUUCUCUCCGGUGGACCGGGUCUUCACUCGGCUGGGCGCCUCAGAUCGGAUCAUGGCAGGAGAGAGCACCUUCUUCGUGGAGCUGAGCGAGACCGCCAGCAUCCUGCACCACGCCACCACACACUCCCUGGUGCUCCUGGACGAGUUAGGAAGGGGCACAGCCACGUAUGACGGCACAGCCAUCGCCAGCGCCGUGGUGAAGGAGCUGGCUGAGAAAAUCUGCUGCCGCACGCUCUUCUCCACCCAUUACCACUCCCUGGUGGAGGACUACGCCCACUGCCCCGCCGUGAGGCUGGGUCACAUGGCGUGCAUGGUGGAGAACGAAUGUGAGGACCCGAGUCAGGAGACGAUCACAUUCCUCUACAAGUUCAUCUCCGGCGCUUGUCCCAAGAGUUACGGCUUCAACGCAGCUCGCCUGGCCAACCUGCCCGAGGAGGUCAUCCAAUCAGGACACAGGAAGGCCCGAGAGUUUGAGAAGAGCACCAUCAGCCUCCGCCUCUUCAAGAAGCUGUGUCAGUUCGCUGAAGAUGCCUCUCUGGGAAACACACACUUCUCCUCUCUGGUCCAGAUGUUGAACAGUCUUUAGUUGAACCCACUCUUCUUCUCUCUGGUCCAGAUGUUGAACAGUCUUUAGUUGUACACACACUUCUCUUCUCUCUGAUCCAGAUGUUGAACAGUAUUUAGUUGAACACACACUUCUCCUCUCUGGUCCAGAUGUUGAACAGUCUUUAGUUGAACCCACUCUUCUUCUCUCUUGUCCAGAUGUUGAACUUCCUGUAGUUUGAACACACACUUCUUCUCUCUGGUCCAGAUGUUGAACAGUCUUUAGUUGAACACACUCUUCUCCUCUCUGGUCCAGAUGUUGAACAGUCUUUAGUUGAACACACUCUUCUCCUCUCUGGUCCAGAUGUUGAACAGUCUUUAGUUGAACACACUCUUCUUCUCUCUGAUCCAGAUGUUGAACAGUCUUUAGUUGAACACACUCUUCUUCUCUCUUGUCCAGAUGUUGAACUUCCUGCAGUUUGAACACACACUCCUCUCUGAUCCAGAUGUUGAACAGUCUGUACUCACACACACUUUGUUUCUGCUGAUUGUUUCCUCAGCUCUAAAAUAAAAACACUACUGUUAUGAUCUAAUAAAGUUUAUUUUAAAAAAUGA